UGGAGACAUGAGGAAAAUGGAUUACAUUCUGAUUAUCAGUUGCCAUGCACUUUGUGCAAGCCUGGAGCUGCUGGUUUGUGAUGUUUCUUCACUCAAAAAAGUUUUCUUUUAAAUAAAUGAAUAGUGAAUUUGUACUGCAGAUCAGUAGUCCCUAGUGGGUAAAAGAAAAAUAUCAUUUAUUUUCAAACCAGCUUUGCAUUUUGUUUAACUUAUAGACUUUCUACGUUCUUAGGUUUGUGUUAAUGGUUCAUUUGAGCAAAGGAAUUUAUACUCUGCAUGUGCCGCAAGGCUGAUCAAUAAAUUAUCUGGGCAUUUUGACACCAGGCCAGCACUAAAGGGCCCAAGGUAGUCAAAACACUAGCCUGCCAUUAAUUGUAGAAACCCAGCCCAAUUCAUUCAUCCUGGUGACAGACAAGACUAGCGCAUUUGUUCAAACAAUUCAAAGUUGCAUUUGAUACAGUCCAGUACAGAAACAGGCCCAUUUGCCCUCCGAUUCCACGCUGACCAGAGAUCCCCAUACACUAACACUAUCCUAUCCUACACACUAGGGCCCAUUAACAAUUGUCACCAAACCCAACUAAACUACAAACCUGUACAUCUUUAGAGUGUGUGAGGAAACCUGAGCACCUGGAGAAAACCCACGUGGUCACGGGGAGAAGUACAAACUCUGUACAGACAGCACCAGUAGUCAGGAUACAACCCAGGUCUCUAGAGCUGUGAGGCAGCAACUCUCCCCUUGCACCUUGAAGAGUCCCAUUCUGGACAAUAUACUUACAUUAAGCCACUUCUGGACACGUAAAUAGCUACCACAUUAUUGAACACAUGUUGGACACAUGGCCUUCGGCCCACCGAGUCCGUGCCAACCAGCGAUCACCCCGUACAUGAACCUGCACACACCAGGAACAAUCUUUACAACUUAGCGAGGCCAAUUAACCUACAAACUUGCAUGUCUUGAGUGUUGGAGGAAACUGGAGCAGCCAGAGAAAAUCAACGCAGUCACAGGGAGAAGGUACAGCCAACACCUGUAGUCAGGAUCGAACCCGGGUCUCUGGCGCCGUAAGACAACAUCUCUAUCACUGCCAGCAUCACUCCAACGUGCCACUGUGUGGAUAAGAUCAAGUCAAGAGUCAAGACUGUUUUUAUUGUCGUAUGCUCCUAAAUGGAAUAUUGUUCUUACUUGCUCCAGGUCUCCUCUGAAACAUCCUUGAAUGAGUGCGGAUUUGCGGAUCCGUACAGAUGUAUAUUCACAUGAAAUCUUUUCUCCCACCAGGUGCUGGGCAUGUGGUGGCCACAGGUGAUCGAAAACACCAGCAUCCUUCAAAAUCCGAUCUCCGACUUUGACCAGAACAUGAUAGAAACCGCGUCCAAUGAUUCACUGGGGAAUACCUCAGCUGAGGCCAAUGCCACCCAUUGCACAAUAGGGGGAAGGCACAACUAUAUCUUCCUUAUGAUCCCUAUUAUAUACACCGUGAUCUUUGUGGUGGGGGUUGUGGGAAACAGCAUGGUGGUGAUCAUUAUUUACUGCUACCUGAAGUUGACCACAGUUGCCAACAUUUUCCUGCUGAACUUGGCACUGGCCGAUUUGAUCUUCGUGAUGACCUUGCCCUUCUGGGCCACCUACACCGCCAUGGAGUACCACUGGAUGUUCGGAAACUUGCUGUGCAAGACCAGCGCCACAGUGGUGCUACUGAACAUGAAUGCCAGCGUCUUCCUCCUCACCUGCCUCAGCGUGGACCGCUACCUCGCCAUCGUGUACCCCAUGAGGUCGAGGUGCCGGCGUACCCUGCUCCAUGCCCGGGCGGCUUGCAUCGCCAUCUGGCUGCUGGCCGCCAUUGCCAGCCUCCCCGCCACCUUCUUCCGAAACACCUCCCACUAUCACAGCUGGAAUCGAACCAUCUGUGCGUUCGAUUACCCCGAGAGGUACCAGACCCAGUGGAUAUUUGUUAUGGCGCUGCUUAAGACACUGCUGGGCUUUCUAAUUCCACUUCUCAUUAUUUUGAUCUGCUAUUCCCUCAUCAUCAGAAGCUUGGUGCAGACCUAUCAAGUGAGAAGAAGCAAGCCAUCAAGCAAGGAAGUGUUUAAACUCAUCGUGGCUGUCGUUGUGUCCUUCAUCUUGUGCUGGCUUCCAUUCCAGGUCCUCACCUUCUUGGACAUGCUGUCCCGUCUGCAGAUUAUUAAGAACUGCCGCCUUGCAGAAAUCAUCGACACUUCCAUCCCCUUCACCAUCUGCAUCGCUUACUUCAACAGCUGCCUCAACCCCAUCCUCUACAGCUUGGUUGGCCGAAACUUCAGAGAAAAGCUCUUUCUUUUCCUGAGGUGCAGGAGACCCAAGUUAAAACACCACACCAGCCUGUCGACCAAACAAAGCUCAUUAUCGUAUCGGGUCAUAGACCCGUCGAGGAAGCAGAUGGACACUACUCGGAGGGUGUCACCAUGAUGGGGUCAAAUUCCAUCACCGAUUAGCAGCAAGUUUCAAUUGAAUAGAGUCAUCGAGUCAUACAGCGUGGAGACAGGCCCUUCGGCCCAACUUGCCCACGCCAACCAACAUGCCCCAUCUACAUUAGUCCCACCUGCCUGCAUUUGACCCAUAUCCCUCUAAAUCGUAUUUUUUUUGAGGUGGCAAUUGACAGAUUCUUGAUUAGUACGGUGGUCAGGGGUUAUGGGGAGAAAGCAGGAGAAUGGGUUUGAGAGGGAAAGAUAGAUCAGCUACGAUUGAAAGGCGGGGAAGACUUGAUGGGCCGAAUGGCUUAAUUCUGGUCCUAUUACUUAUGAACAAAGCAUCAAGUGCGUGGGAAUACUAACUCCUGACAGUUUUCCUCCGAGUCGCACGUUAUUUGGAAAUAUGUCAGUGGUCCUUUAUCAUCGCUGGGUCUGAAUCCUGGAAAUCCCUCGCUCAACAUGGGAAGAACGGUUUAUCAGAAGGAUAACCGAAGCUCAACUAUGAGAUUCAUCCCCAUCUUCUCAUAGGCAAUUGUGUUGUCUAUGUUGAACCUGAAAAUAAUGCCCUCGACUCAUAAAUACAUAAAGUACCGACACAGUGGCACAGUGGCACAGCCGGUGGAGAUGCUGCCUCACAGCGCCACAGUCCAGGGUUCCACUAAUUAAAUACAUAGAAACAUAGAAACAUAGAAAAUAGGUGCAGGAGUAGGCCAUUCGGCCCUUCGAGCCUGCACCGCCAUUCAAUAUGAUCAUGGCUGAUCAUCCAACUCAGUAUCCUGUUCCUGCCUUCUCUCCAUACCCCCUGAUCCCUUUAGCCACAAGGGCCAUACCUAACUCCCUCUUAAAUAUAGCCAAUGAAUUGGCCUCAACUACCUUCUGCGGCAGAGAAUUCCAGAGAUUCACCACUCUCUGUGUGAAAAAAGUUUUCCUCAUCUCGGUCCUAAAAGAUUUCCCCUUUAUCCUUAAACUGUGAUCCCUUGUUGUGGACUUCCCCAACAUCGGGAACAAUCUUCCUGCAUCUAGCCUGUCCAACCCCUUAAGAAUUUUGUAAGUUUCUAUAAGAUCCCCCCUCAACCUUCUAAAUUCUAGCGAGUACAAACCGAGUCUAUCCAGUCUUUCUUCAUAUGAAAGUCCUGACAUCCCCGGAAUCAGUCUGGUGAACCUUCUCUGCACUCCCUCUAUGGCAAGAAUGUCUUUCCUCAGAUUAGGAGACCAAAACUGUACGCAAUACUCCAGGUGUGGUCUCACCAAGACCCUGUACAUCUGCAGUAGAACCUCCCUGCUCCUAUACUCAAAUCCUUUUGCUAUGAAUGCUAACAUACCAUUCGCCUUCUUCACUGCCUGCUGGACCUGCAUGCCUACUUUUAAUGACUGGUGUACCAUGACACCCAGGUCUCGUUGCAUCUCCCCCUUUCCUAAUCGGCCACCAUUCAGAUAAUAAUCUACUUUCCUGUUUUUGCCACCAAAAUGGAUAACCUCACAUUUAUUUGUUUGCCAAAGACAGUAGAUUUUCACUUUUCACUCCCCCUAACCAAUGAAAACAGUGAUUUGUGAGCUGAUCACCUGCUUGUAUCCAAGGUGUUCAGAGGUUUUACGUACAGUUGUCACCGCCACUGUACCCAAGACUCAUUCCCGGCCACAGGGAGGAGGAAUAAAUAAAACAUAGAGCAGUACAGUACAGGAACAGGCCCUUCAGCCCACGUUGUCUGUACUGACAAUGAUGCAGACCAUAAUACAUGUAAUAUAGCAGUACAGCUCAACAACAGGCCCUUCAGCCCACAAUGUCUAUACUGACCAUGAUGCAGGAUAUAGUAAAUAGAGCAUGGAACAGUACAGCACAGGAACAAGCCCUUUGGCCCUCGACGCCUGUGGUUCCUAAAAUACCAAAUUAAACAAAUCCCAUCUGCCUGCACAUGGUCUGCACCUCUCCAUAACCUCCCUGAAUUUAGAUAGGCCCCUUAAUCAUUGUACAGUACAUAUUUCCACCACCUCCCCUGGCAGUGGAUUCCAGGCACCUACCACAAUGCUUGUCUUAUACAUCCAUUAAUCUUUCCCUCUCACAUUAAAGCUGUGCCCUCUAGUAUUUGACAUUUCUGCCCUGACUGCCUACAUAUAAUAAACUUCUAGCAUAACCAGUGCCCUGCGAAUCAGAAAGCAAGGACGGCCCGUUGGCACAACGGUAGAGCUACUGCCUUACAAUGCCAGAGACCAGGGUUCGAUCCCGACUGUGGGUGCUUGUCUGUAUGGAGUUUGUACAUUCUCCCCAUGAUCUGUGUCGCUUUUCUCCAUGAUCUUUCGUUUCCUCACACACUCCAACCACAUGCAGGUUUGAAGGUUAAUUGGCUUGGUAGAAAUGGUAAAUUGUCCCUAGUGUGUGUAGGGUAGUGUUAAUGUGCAGGGAAAGCUGGUUAGUGUGGACUCGGUGGGCCGAAGGGCCUGUUUCUUCUCUGUAUCACUGAAACUAAAACAAAAUAAAGAUUUGCACGACAUUGUGUUAAGAAGUGUAUUUAUAGUAGUGUAUUUAACAGGAGUUGGGAUAGGCAUUUUCAGCCCUUCGAUCCUGCUCUGCCAUUUACGACUAUCACGGCUGCUCUUCAACAUUAUCACAGCAUCCCCAUUCUCUUCCUUGCCAUUUGUAUGGACAGGUACAUACUGGUUGUGUUCUCUGUAUUUAUACUAUUAGGGGGAA